UCUUUGACGUCUACACUGCAGCAAGCCGCUUUCUUCUCGGCUACCCAAUUCUUCUUCCCCUUCUUGAAGCAGAAGACCGACGAAGUUCCCUUCCCUUCCCUUCUUGCUAAAUCAUCAACCCUAUCUCUCCAUUUCUUCCUUGAGGCGCCAAAGAUUUCCAUCCCCAUAAACUCAUAAUUCAACUGAUUAUGAAUUCGUUUUAUUGAUCCUUUCAAUUUCUUCGAAAUCGACUCUAAACCCAUUAGAAGCCGCAAUCAUCUCCUACAAUAAAGAAGAUGCAGAGAACGAGGCGCAGGUGCGAAGGCGUAUCCAUGGGCUCAAUCGUACUCGAUCUUCGACCCGGUCUCGGGAUCGGCCCUUUCUCCCUUGGAAUGCCAAUAUGUGAAGCCUUUGCUCAAAUUGAUCAGCAGCCGAACGUUUAUGAUGUUGUUCAUGUCAAGUACUAUGACGAGGACCCUCUAAAACUUGAUGUUGUUAUUAGCUUCCCUGAUCACGGGUUUCAUCUUCGGUUUGAUCCUUGGUCGCAGAGACUUCGUCUUAUAGAAAUAUUUGACGUCAAACGGCUUCAGAUGCGAUAUGCCACUGCCUUGAUUGGGGGACCCUCUACUCUUGCAACUUUCGUUGCUGUCUAUGCUCUUUUUGGGCCAACUUAUCCAGGUAUUUAUGACAAGGAAAGGGGGGUCUACACGCUAUUUUACCCGGGUUUGUCAUUUGCAUUUCCUAUCCCCCCACAACAUGCGGAGUGCUGUCAGGAUCGGGAAGCUGAACUUCCCUUGGAGUUUCCUGAUGGCACAACUCCUGUUACAUGCCGUGUAUCAGUAUAUGAUACUUCUACGGACAGUAAGGUUGGUGUAGGAUCUUUAAUGGCCAAGGCAUCUGUGCCUCCAUUGCCUCCCGGCAGCCUCUACAUGGAAGAAGUGCAAGUGAAGUUAGGGGAAGAGUUGUGGUUUACAGUCGGAGGUCAGCAUCUCCCUUUUGGUGCGUCAACACAGGAUGUAUGGACUGAAUUGGGACGACCCUGUGGUAUUCAUCAUAAACAGGUGGACCAAAUGGUAAUACAUUCUGCUUCGGAUCCUCGUCCACGAACAACUCUUUGUGGGGAUUACUUCUACAAUUAUUUCAAACGUGGCUUGGAUAUUUUAUUUGAUGGCCAGACUCAUAAAAUCAAGAAGUUUGUUCUGCAUACGAACUAUCCCGGACAUGCUGAUUUCAACUCAUACAUAAAGUGCAACUUUCUGCUGUACAGUCCUGAUCUUGGAUCAAACGCUUUAAAAUGCGCCAUUACACCUAGCACAAAAUGGGAACAAGUCAAGGAAAUUCUUGGUGACUCGGGCCGUGCUGCAAUUCAGACGCAAGGCUCUACCAGCAACCCAUUUGGAUCUACAUUUGUAUAUGGUUACCCAUACGUUGCAUUCGAGGUAAUGAAGAAUGGCUACAUUGCCACUGUCACUCUCUUCCAUUCAUGAAGCUCUAGUACAGGAUUGCUGUUUGGGUGACAAGUAAAGUUUGUACAGUUAGAGUUAUGGCGUUUGUAUUUAUUUACAUUUGAAACAAUUUAGUGAAAUUUGAAUCUUCAUUUCA